AAUUCUAGGGUCAUUCGCCAGGCUUUGUUGUCCGAGUAUGAGUCAGGGUUUUCAGGCUUGACAACGUUGGUUGAUGUCGGGGGUGGAACAGGAACAACAUUGAGUGAGAUAGUGAAGGCGCAUCCGCAUAUCUCUGGCAUCAAUUUCGACCUCCCCCAUGUUGUGUCGACUGCACAGGACUACCCUGGCGUGGUUCACGUUGGGGGUGAUAUGUUUGUUUCCAUACCCCAUGCAGAUGCUGUUUUAAUGAAGUGGAUAUUUCAUGAUUGGGAGGAUGAGGAGUGCGUGAAGAUCUUGAAGCAAUGCAAGAAAUCAAUCCCUAAGAAUGGCGGGAAGCUGAUAAUCGUUGAUGCAGUUUUACGACCAGAGGAAGACACCAGUUCCUUUGCCGAUUCAAGGUUGGCAUUCGACCUCGUCAUGGUUACACUCUCGAGGGGAAAAGAACGGACAGAGAAAGAGUGGAGAGAUGUAUUAAGUCAGGGAGGAUUUGGUAUACGCAAGAUUGUCUCACUCCCAGCUCUCCAAUUUAUCAUCGAAGCUUACCCUCAGGAGCAUUGAGAUCCUUGUCCUUGGCAUAGUGAAGGACAAUUGGAAAAUAAUUUUUAUGUACUUUUUUCCUUUUCUGGUUAGGUUUCAAGGAACUGAAUCUGAAUUUGCAGACAAGUUGUGGAGCUUUUAUUUCUAUAUUAUGGUAAAUGAAGCAAAUUGUAAUAAGGCAGUUUAAGUAUUUUAUGUUUGAAAUAUCAAAUAGACUCUUUAAUAUAGUUUCACACAAUGUUUAA